AUGGCAUGGGAGCACGCCUGGAGCUGCUUCUCCCAUCCCCAUCCACUUGGGUCGAAUGGCACCUUCCCAUUGGUCCAUUCCCCAAGCUGCUGGAUGGCUGAACGUGAUUGGUUCGUUGAGGAUGAACAUCUCCUCCUUGUUCCUAUCUUCCUAGAUCAAGUGGCUCCUUUCCAUUGGCUCCUUCCCUCAGUUGUUGAGUGCCAUCACUUGAUUGGCCUAGAACUCCUUCGUCCUUACUCAGUAGCUGAGUGUAGCCUUCUCAUUGGUUCAGACCACUCUUAUCCUUUAAGCUGCUGGUGUCAACAUCCCAUUGGUCUUGAGAUGAUGUGCUCCUUCCCACGUUUCUUCUUGCAGAGGGUUUUGUACGUUUCCCUUUCCAAAGGGUUUUGUACGUUUCCUUGUUCGGAGGGUUUCGUUCCCGUCGUGCUUGAGAAUUGA